AUGGGCGGCGAUGGUAACACGUGUUACAUGAUCGUGAAUGAAGGCAAGUCAAACCACGAUGCACAGUUAUAUUGCAUCGAACAUGGCGGCCAUCUUGCUUACAUCGAGUCGGAGGAGGAACAGAGCUUCCUUGAGACGAUCGUAGCUACCGAGUCGGUUAACUGGAUUGGGCUCAUCUGGGCGGUAUCUUGGCUAGAUGGAACUCCGCUAAGGCAGGACUGGCUCUUGCCUAUACGUAAACCUUCCGCUUCCCUCCAAGGAGUGAAAACGUGCUUUAGCAUGAGGCGCAGUGAAGUAAUUGGAAGAGUGUGCAGUAAUGAAAGACGUUUCAUAUGUGAGAUACCAAACGAAAAUAAAGAGUGCCUAGAGCAGGACGCGUUUGGUGGAUCGUGUUACAGGGUGAAUGAAUCAAGGUUGACGCAUAGAGAUGCUCAACAAUUCUGCAAUGAAACUUACAACGGACAUCUACCUUACAUCGAGACAAGAGAAGAGUUAAAUCACAUAGUGAAGUACCUCCAAACUGUGACGGUUGGAUAUUCCUGGAUAGGUCUGAUCGCACAACACAAAUGGAUGGACGGCACCACGGUGUCUUACCAGAAUCUUCAACGUGAUACGCAUAACCGUCUAGACUGGCGACACGGGUGCUUCAGUUUGAGCGGCAAGUGGAAAAGAGAAGACUGUGCUACGGAGUAUGGAUACAUAUGCGAGCGAAACAUUGUGGAUCAACAAGCGACACAUGAAAACUCAUCAAGGCAGUGCUCAACAACCCCUACCGGCCUGACUGAGUUUUUACGAGGAGGUUCUCUCUGCAUCCACACUGAACAGAUGAUUAACGUCUCAGAUUCGUCUUAUGUCUUCCCCGCUCUAUGUGAAUGUGGCACGGGUCGAUGCCUUCAAGGCUGUGCUUGCGUUGUCAGAGAUAAUGCUGGGGGACUGAUUGCUUGCAGUUGUGGCGCUUGCAGUUUGACCUACUCGUUGCAAACAGGUGACAUUGAGACUUUCGAAUUUCCAGUCCUUUCCUCAUCUUUGACGUGCGAUUGUAUCAACGGAGAAGCCAGUUCGAGCUACCAAUUCCAAGAUGGCGUCUUUACCAAUCUCCACCCAGCAUGCAGUGGCAUUGGGGAUACUACCGAUGUUGUAGCAAGCGCCAAUAUCACAGUCAUCACCGUCGUAGCCAUACUGGGGGUGUUGGUGCUCGUCUUACUUGUCAUUGGCUUCCGGUUGCGUAGACGAUGGAGAAAGAUUUUACCUGUCAAUCAAAUGAGGACUUCAGCUGCUACAGGACCAACAUCUCGUGAGGAAAGAAAUGACACCGGUGGCCCUGCUUCUCCCAGUGUUUCCUUCCAUGAUGAUCAGCAAGGGGACUGCGAUGACGCCGCACCAACACAAAGUCCGGCGGUUGGGGUACCUGCUGACAUGGACGUCUAUAUAACACCGCCGAACGAGUACGAUUAUGCUGAUUUUACCGGUAAACGGCUAGACACAUUGUCAGGGACAUCAGAUGAAGAGUACGUUAACAAAGAUGUUAUCGGGAAGGGAAAACAAGCCCCCAAACAAGUCGAACGUAGCCGUCAAGAGCUGUCCCCCAACGCAGCAGAUAGCGAGCCGAGUUAUGAUUAUGCUGGCGUUACCGGUAAACGGCUGGACACCUUGUCAGGGACAUUAGAUGAAGAGUACGUUAACAAAGAUGUUAUCAGGAAGGGAAAACAAACCCCCAAACAAGUCGAGUGUAGCCGUCAAGAGCUGUCCCCCAGCGCAGCAGAUAGCGAGCCGAGUUAUGAUUAUGCGUCGGUUAGGGCGCCCUCACUCGAUCACGAUUCGCCAACACACGCUCGGGUGUACAUUAAUGAACGAGUGCGUCCUCAACGUCAGCAGCGUGUGCCAGAAAUGCAAACACCGAAUGACGAUUUUGGCUCUUACUAUGCGGAGAUUUCCUAAGCCGACACCCUCGACUGUAAUCUAUAACGAACACUCAUGGGAACCAUUCACGGGAACCCGGGGGAGUAGGUCCCCCUCCCCAUGACAAUCUCUUCCUUCACC